CCUUCUUAGCCCACAUUUGAAAACGAAAGAUACCCUUCUAGAUUUCUGAGCUGUUCUUUACGCAGACAGGCACCAGAGUUCAGACAGCGCUUACAGGCUUUCGGAUAGGAACAACGUCUACUGUUUGUUUGAACUAUCUUUCCAUGGGGAGGGGCGAAAGGACAACUACUGGCCACUCUCCCUGAAACCUUAGCGAACUCCGGUGCAAAUGCAGCUGUUUGGUCCGCUGUCUGACGAAUGUGUUCAUUCUUGAAUUUCCCCAGCAACUUCGACACAGACCACACGCCGAACUCGCCCUGCAGUUAGAAUGGAGUUUUCGGAACUGAUCAAAACGGCUAACGUGGACAAUGUUGUCCUCAAGCAGCCGUUACGUCCUCCGGUCAGGGGAACGUUGUGUGUCACCAGUCACCACCUCCUUUUGUCUUCCAGGGACGGGGAUACCAUGGAGUUGUUGCUUCUGCUUAGGAACAUUGAUGACAUCGAGAAAAGGCGAGUUCUCCUUUUUUUCCCGUUUACUUCUUGUUGUAGCCUGUACAUACUAAAACAUGACACUUACUUUGUGUGCACUUGAAUCAGAAAAUGAAACAGAUGUUGAUGUUCUAUUAGGUAUUUAUUAGAUGUGGGUUAUGAGGAAUAAUAAUAAUAAUAUUUAAUGUUUAAUGAUUAAUAACACUGCAAAUAAUAGUUGUAUCUAAACAGUUUGCAUUUGCAACUUUAAUAUAACUUUAAUAUAAACUGCACGUUUUCUUUACACUUGUUGUGUCAAAUAACUCUUCUUAAUUAUUUCGUUACAGUACCCAUAUUUUGUAUUUCAGUGUAAUCGAUUGCCUCUGGGCUGGUCCAACACUUCCACCUCAUGGAUUGGGUAGAGGAUUAGGGAGUGUUGCAGUUACUGUGUAGGCUUCCUUAUCUUGAAGCACUGUCAGUACUGUACUGGGUACUAGAUUUAAUCCCACUAGUAUAUUUUAUAAUGUUUUAUAAUGCAUGUUGUCAGAAUCUUAACUUUAUAAAAGAGGGAGACCACAUGACAGAAGUUUAUUGUACUGCUGCAUUCUGGUUUCAAUUUGAAGAUAUGCUGUUUAUGACAAAGUAGGACAGCCAAGCAGGACAGCUAUUCCGAUCUAAAGAGCAGCGUUUCACUGACAGCACACAGCCAGGUUCAGACAGCUAUGUGUAAAAUACACCAGGCCCUGCUGCCCUGCAUUGUGCCAGCUGUCCAAAUACACGCAAGAAGUUCUGUUUAUUUAACACAGCAUGCGGAGAUUGCAUAUAAUCUGUUGUACGUGGACCAAGUCAAGGACACUCGGCUCAAGGUGUUUACAGGAUCAGGAAAUAUGAUGAAACACGUCAACUCCAAGGGAUUUCAUUUCAGUGUAGCUCUGAACAUGACGUUGGGAUGCCUUCACUGCGCUUGAUCAUCACUAUUCCCCAUGGGAGCGCUUCCAUCCUGGGAUCCCAUUAAAUACCACAGAACACAGCAAACCCAGAGGCCCGCUAACCAACACAGUAAUGGAUGUAUAAUUCCAUUUGGCUUGAGCGUUAUAGCCACUGAGUGCAAAACUAGCUGCACUGAUGGACUGCUUUAGAGGGCUGGGGAUUGCCCUGGCACCAGUACCCUAAUGGGUUACACUCAGAGUAAAUUAAUCAAGAUCCUAGUAACUGAAAUAGAUCCAGUGUAAUAGCUGUGGAAUCAGAAAGAAGGGAUGCAUCUGUGUGCAGGGAUUGCCAGAGCUGACCCUGACCCUGAAGGAAGGAGGAGAUGCCGUCAGUUUCUACAGUGAUAAACACUUUCACCAUUCUGUUCUGAUACAGCCGUGGCACCAGCAGUGUGGCGUUCGUGCCUCUCAUUCCCGUAAGAGGCUAGGCAGCAGUGAUUCUGUAGAGGAAACAGGAAGCCAGCAGAAAUACAAACUGAGAAUUCUGAAUAGGUUCUUUAGACACACUAACUGUAACAUAGUUUUUUAUAACACAGCAUUAAAGUGACACACGAGUAACCUGCCAUUUUAAAUGUUAUUGUGAUGUGCCUUGUUUAUAAUGGAAAAUGAAACCUUUUCUAGAUGGUUUGUAAAGGGAUCGAAACUAAAGCGUGAGGUGUUUUUUUUUGCAUUGCUCGCUAGGCACUGGAAGGUGUAGAUAACACUGGAAGCAUGCUGUUCAUUUAACCACCUCAUGUUCAGACACUUCACUUCCAAUCACUGACUCAAAUACUAACUUUCUUUAACCUCCCUCUGUUUUUCCUUUGAUCAGUGUUGAGAAUCUAAUUGGAUACCCCAGCAGUCUAUUUAGGAGAUCUGGCCAGAGUGAAAGGUUUGGUAUGAAGCCACAUGCUGUCUGCUUUCCUCCCCAGGCUGAAGCAGUACUGGGGACUGUGCUGUGCUUUUGGCACCAGCACUUUGCAUUAAGCAAUACAGCCCUUUGCUCAGAAAUGCAAAACUAAGUUGUUUGCUAUUAUUUUUGCAACAUCACCAGAUUGCUUUUACUUUUACCCAAAACAUUCAGUAGUGCCUAACGUAGACACACCUUACUUUAUACAUUCAGUGAUUCAUUCACAAAAGUGUGCUGCACUACUUGCAUAUAAAGCAUCUUGCUUAAAGCUGGCGAAUACACACUGCUGCUCUGUGCUAAUUUCAUAGAAAUGCUCAGCAAUGCUGUUUCAAAACGUGUUGUAGCCAUGGUCAGAUUAACAUCUCUGUCAAAUAAACACAUUCAGGAAAUUCUCAAUUACUGUGAGAAGAGUGUAGGGAAGAAAACUGAAUGCUUUGAUAUUUCAAAUGAAUUAACAAGCCUAACCCCUUGCUUCAAGUUUUGUCUCUUGCUUUAGCUUCCAGCAUUCAGAUCCUUCAUUUUCAGAUAAAAAACUUGAAAGACUAAAGACUUGUUCUUUACCGGUAGCACUGAUCUUAAAACUCAGUUUAGAUUUUGGAUUGUGUUUUCUAAAUGUCACGUUAAGUAUGUAACGUAUCUGAUUUGUAUUUGAUUUGAGGCAAGACUGAAUCCCAGCCUGGUCCAGUGUACUGUUUAUAUACUUUCAAACUGUCCCCGGCUCUGAGAGAGAGGAACAAUGCUGAAAAGAAGAUCAAAUCAAGCUCUUCGGUUUUGUUUUGUUUUGUCUGCUGAAUUCUUGUGUGUUUGAACUGGCGUCUCCGCUGUCUCUGUCUGCCACUGCUUCUGUUGAAGGGAUACUUCAUAUCGUCUGCAUUUGCCUGAUAUUUAAUUUCAUAUCUGUUUGAUAUACGCUUAUGUGUGCUCUGUAUGAUUCUCUGUUGUCGUUUCAGAUCAUUAGAUUUUCAGAAAAAAAAUUUGAAAAAACUAAAGGUUGUUGGUGGAGAAGAAUAUUAGCGUUACACAGGAUUUCUCCACAAUCGGCCAGAGGAGUCUUUUCAGAAGUAUUGUGUAAUAUUUAGUAAGCAUAGCAUUACUAAACAGAAACAAGAAUCAUACAAACACACAUAAUGUUAAACAGGCAUUCAGUAUUAGAUACCUCAUAUUCAUUAAAGCAAUUCAUUAAAGACUUGUACGUGUCUUUGUUUAGGUUUAUAUCUUCCGGCACCAUCACUAUCAAGUGCAAAGAUCUUCGCAUUCUGCAGCUGGACAUCCCUGGCAUGGAAGAAUGUUUAAACAUAGCUAGCUCCAUUGAGACCCUCUCGUCCCUGGAGUCUGUGACUGAGAUGUACCCUUUCUUCUACAGACCCCUGAAUUUACACCUGCAGGAAUGGGGUUUGCACACCCCUGAGCGGGACUUCGACCAGAUAGCUUCACAUACAGACCUCUGGAGACUGAGCUGUGUGAAUAAGGAUUUCUCUGUGUGCCCCACCUACCCCACGGCCGUCAUUGUCCCCAGAUCCAUUGAGGACGAGACACUGAAGAAAGCAGCCAGGUUCAGGCAGGGAGGAAGGUUCCCAGUGCUCAGUUACUAUCACAGAAACAAUGGCAUGGUGAUCAUGCGCAGCAGCCAGCCCCUGGUCGGAGCUCACAGAAGACGCUGUAAGGAGGAUGAGCUCCUGCUGCAGGCUAUGCUGGGUGGAUCUGACUUCGGCUACAUCGUCGACACGCGCUCCGCACAGCUGGCGAAGCAAGCCACGCUGAUCGGUGGUGGCAGCGAGUCCAAAUCGUACUACAUUAACUGGAAGAGACUUCACCGAAACUUGGAGAGAGGCAAAGUGCUGCAGGAGAGCUUGAUUAAGCUCGUGGAAGCCUGUAACGACCAGUCCAACAACAUGGACCGCUGGCUGAGCAAGCUGGAGAACUCCAAGUGGCUGUCUCACGUCAACUCUGCUCUGAUCACUGCAGGGCUGGUGGCUGAGUGCGUGGAGAGGGAGGGGCGCUCGGUGCUGGUGCACGGCUCCGAGGGCACAGACACCACGCUGCUGGUCACCUCCCUGGCACGGCUCAUCCUUGACCCCGAGUGCAGGACGAUCUCCGGCUUCCAGGCGCUCAUUGACAGGGAGUGGAUACAGGCCGGGCACCCCUUCCAGCUGCGGUCUGCCCACUCUGCCUUCUCCCACGCCCGACUCCGCCAUGAAGCGCCCGUGUUCCUGCUCUUCCUGGAUUGCUGCUGGCAGCUCUCCCGCCAGUUCCCGCUGUCGCUGCAGUUCAACGAGGCCCUGCUCACCCGCCUCUCCCAGGAGGUCUACGCAUCCAACUUCGGCACCUUCCUGUGCAACAACGACAAGGAGCGGUGUGCUUUCAGAGUGAAGGAGAAGACUAACUCUCUGUGGGCCUGGAUCAACAGGCCCUGUGAGCUGGGCAGGUACACCAACCCCCUCUAUGAGUGCAACAGCCUGGCGAUCUGGCCCUCUGUGAACCCACAGAGCCUCCAGCUGUGGCAAGGCUUGUUCUUCAGGUGGAGCCACUCCACACAGCAUCUGGACGAGGCAUGGGAGGAAAUCAGUCUCAUUGUGAGUGAGCACAAGGCAAAGGGCAAUACAGACAGCACGCUUCCAGGAGGGUCAAACUCACAAGCCCCUGCGGGAAUCAGUUCGAUCUGUAAGCCUUGCUGUUAACCUCUGAACCUCCGGUGACCCAGCGGACUGUCUAUCCAGAACCAAGCACCGAUGCAAUGUGAGGUCACCAUCGACAUUCUGCACCACGCUUUGUACAAGCGAAUGACAGUAUGUAUUGUUUUCAAAAGGACCAAGUGCAGGGGCUCCCGAGUGACGCAUCCAGUAAAAGCACUCGCUAGAGUGCAGGAUGCGCUCUAUAGCCUGGACAUCGCCGGUUCGAGUCCAGGCUAUUCCACAGCCGACCGUGGACGGGAGUUCCCAGGGGGCGGUGCUCAAUUGGCUGAGCGUCGUCCGGGGGGAGGGAGGGUUAGAUCGGCCAGGGUGUCCUCGGCUCACCACGCACCAGUGACCCCUGUAGUCUGGCCGGGCGCCUGGGGGCUUGCCUGUAAACUGCCCAGAGCUGCGUUGUCCUCCGACGCUGUAGCUCUGAGGCGGCUGCACGGUGAGUCUGCAGAGUGUAAAGAAGCGGGCAGCUGACGGCACAUGCUUCGGAGGACAGCGUGUGUUCAUCUUCGCCCCUCCCGAGUCAGCGCAGGGGUGGUAGCGGUGAGCUGAGCCUAAAAAAUAAUUGGGCAUUUCAAAUUGGGGAGAAAAGAAAAAAAAAAAAAAGAAAAAAAAAAACUAAUUGGCAACGACUAAAUUAAAAAAUAAAAAUAAAAAUAAAAAAAGGACCAAGUGCAGUGGCACCAUCUGGAAUAACCGUGUUCUUUCAGAAUUCCUCUUCAGGAGAAUGUGAAAUGAAAAUUGUUCUGACUGCUCUGAACAUGUGUAGCAAAUAGAAUUUCUGCAAAUAUACCCAGUGGUAGCUCCAUUAAAGGUGAAACAAAUGUCAUUAUAUUUGUUUGUGCCUGUCACUUGCAGACAUGCUACAGACCCUUGUCCUAAAAGCUUUGAUAAGGGUUUAGUUAACACCUGUUGCAUAUAUUGUAAAGCUGUCUCCACACAAGACAUCUUUGCAAAUGAGAAUUCAGUUUCCCAUGGGCUCUUAUUGCUUGAAAACACAGACUGAAACUUUAGUAAAUUGCUUUUUUUUCAAAUGUGAUGAUGCUGCUUUUUUUGGUUUAUGCAAAGCCCACAGGAUGAUUAAAAAAAAAAAAAAUACUGUACUGACUUGACUUGCACUCGUCAGGUUUAAAUGAAACAGAAUUUUAAAAUGACUCUGUCAAGGAGAGAGCGUGGUUUACACAGUACCAUUAUGCCCUGCAUCCAAUGGAUCAAUGUAUAACUUCACGACUGGGAUUUAGGGACACAAAUGUUAUUUUCCGCUCUGUUUGCUCGCUGUGAUUAAUUGUCCUGCGAUGCAGCUAUUUCUAUUAAAGGGUGUGACGUAGGCUGCUGUGUCGGCUUGACACAGCCAUGCAUUCCAGCUUCAUCUGCUCUGCGGGGGCUCUACAGGAAUAAAGAAUAGACUGCAGCUGGGCCCGUUCGCUUAAUUCUCUGACAGUACCAGUGACGUCUUUGGACUAUAAACCCGUCACUAGGUCUCUGCUCUUGCAGAAACACUGUGCAAAAAUGCUGUUGUAAACUUUUAUAAGGGAAUCAUGUUGUCGGCAUAACGGAACAUGAAAGAUCUUGUAGCUGCUUCUAGUAAUACAGGAUGGGUUUAGUCAGACACGAGCCACUGAGGUGUCUUCCAAACCAUGUUUAUACCAUGUUUUACUGUACAUGGCAGGGUGGGUUUAAAGUCACGGUCACUGCUGCUGUGGAAAAAUAUAGUUCAACACAUCUUAAAUCCUUAUUUACUGUAAUUCUAAUGGAUUAAAUGUGUAAAGAGUUGUAUGCAGGUUACACACACACACACACACACACACACACAUAUAUAUAUAUAUAUAUAUAUAUAUAUAUAUAUAUAUAUAUAUAUAGUCAAUGAAAAACUAGACUUGAUUUAGUAUUUAGAGUCAUCUUUUAUAUUUUGUGUCUGUGUUUUUGUAAUUUACAAUUUAGGGGUAGUAAUGACAGAUGCACGCCCCUAGCAAUCAUUUCUACAACCGCCUCACUGAUUAAGCUUUAAGGAGUCUUUUCAGAAGAAGCCCACAUGGUUGAAAAUGGACAUUACAAGUAAGCCUGGUAAAACUGACUGAUGGCAUAUUUGGUUCUAAAUGCUGUUUUUUGCACUGGUUGCUAAUUUAAUGUACUGCGCUGCCCUGACCUCAGAACUCUGACCGCUCUUGGUCGUAUGUAUCUUUGUUGUUAGUUUUAUGCACUGUAUUGUAACAUGUUAGUGUAUUUGUUGGCUGAUGUUACACAUCUGAAUGUUAAAAUAAAUGCCUUCCUGCUGCAGGAAGUCCUUGUAAGCGAUGUUACGUUACCCUGUAAUUGCCUGUCUGAAUUAAUUAUUAUUUAUCAGACACCUCUGUUCAAGGUGAAUAGAGAUCAGAGUGUAUAAACUAUGCAUCAGCUGCAGAGUCACUUACAACAACAUCAACACAAUGGCUGAGCUGGGAUUUGAACCAGGGACCUCCUGGUUACAGGCCGUUUUCUUUAACCACCAGACCACACAGAUUCACAGUAGCACUCAAAGAGUUAAACACAAUUUAUAAAAAAUUUUUAAAAAAAAACAAAACGGGUUGAAUGCUGCCUUUGUAUACUAAUUUAAUUUACAUCAAACAUGUAAAAAUGUAAAAUACAUUCAAAGGUGUGGGA